UUUGGCCAAAGUUUUGUUCAUCCUAGCAACAUGCAAUAUUUUUGUACUUCCCUUUCCUGUUCCUGGGUAAAAUGUACUUGAGUUUGCAGUUGUGAAAGGCUGUUUUCUGAGGCUCAGCGUCCUCAGCUCGCACACAUUAACACACGCUGCAUUAUUGAAUCAUCUGUCAAUAUGGAGCUCAGGUCACUUCAUCUAUUGCUCUUUUCUCUGUCUUUAAUUUCACACGUCUGCUCAGGACAAACACAAGAGAAGCUGAAGCCGGUGCUGAGCGUGGCCCCUGACGGGCCCCUGACGUUCCUCGGCGGCUCCGUGAUCCUCACCUGUGUCCUGCUGGAGCUCAAUGUGACCUUCAGAUGGUUCUGUGAUGCUGCUGAAGUUCAUCGAUCUCAGCACAACCAGUUCAUCAUUGCAGACGUUCAGAAGUCGCACAGCUGCUCGUACAGAUGUUACGGGUCCUUCGAACACUGGCCACGAUUCUCCUUCUGGAGUAAUGCUGUCAAUCUCACCGUCAUCCAGAGGCCGAAGGCGUUAGUGAGUGUAACGGCCGCUGGAAACACCGUGACUCUGACCUGUGACAUUCAGCCCAGUGGAAACACUAAUUGGACGUUCAUCUGGUUUAAAGACGCUUCAGUCGUUCCCGUUCACACUGAGAGAGAGAUCACUGUCACACCAGACGCGUCUCACACGGGCAAUUACAGCUGCAGAGGAGAAACCAGACCGGACCCGCUGAGAUCAGACAUGAGUGAUGCUGUCACACUGACCACAGGUCUGUCUGGUUCAGAAGCGUCGCUCUCGGUUCUCAAGCUGCUCAGUUUUCUGCUGGCAGUUUGUCCGUAUCUGCUGGCGUCCGUCAUGCUGGCGCUCAGAUGCUGCAGAUCUCACGCUCGGCCUGAUGGGGAAAAUGAUCCUGUGUGCUGUUACAGAGAGGACGGACAAUCUACAUGAUUCUGCCUCAUGAGUCUCUGUUUAUCUCACAUUAAUAAUUAUUUAGUUUUACAUCUGUUUAUGAAUGAUGUGCAUUAGAAUAUCCUUGUUAUAUGUAAGAAUAACAU